UUUUUUUUGUUUUGGCUUGGUGCCUCCAGGGCUGGUUUCCCAGUCCCGAAUAACCACUUCCAGACCCAGGUCGCCAGCCCCACCCCAGGUUGCCCCCGGCUCUGCCCCAGGCCCCUGAGGGUGGGAAGCUUUGCCCAGUGGGUCUCUGCAGCAUAGCUGCAAUUGAGUCAGUAUGCUUGGGGUCAACGACCCUCCUCUUUUUAUAAAAGACAUUAAGGCCGGACUGAAAAACUUAAAUGUGGUCUUUAUUGUCCUGGAGAUAGGACACGUGGUGACCAGAACCAAAGAUGGCCAUGAAGUGAGAUCCUGCAAAGUAGCUGACAGAACGGGAAGCAUCACUAUUUCUGUGUGGGAUGAAAUGGGAAGACUCAUACAGACAGGGGAUAUUAUUCGUUUGACCAGAGGGUAUGCAUCAAUGUGGAAAGGAUGCCUGACACUUUAUACUGGAAGAGGUGGUGAACUUCAAAAAAUUGGAGAGUUUUGUAUGGUGUAUUCAGAACUGCCAAAUUUC